UGACUCUGGAGGUUAUGACCAUCCUGUGUCGAUGUGAGAAUAUUGAGACGUCGGAGGGGGUCCCGCUAUUCGUAACAGGGGUUGCACAGAGGAACAGAAUCAGGAUUACCGCAGGAAGGGGAAGCCGCCGGCGAUCGGGAUGAUUUGGGGACGUUGAGUUGCACAGGAGGAGAGAUUGGUCAGACUGACCCCUAAUUCUCUGGGGUCUUAGCAGUUUCCCUUCCACGAAGCUCUCCGGGAUUUCACUAGAGAUAAUGACGUUGCAGCCCCGUUGCGAGGACGUAGAGACGGCCGAGGGGGUAGCUUUAACUGUGACGGGUGUCGCCCAGGUUAAAAUCAUGACUGAGAAUGAGCUGUUAGCUGUGGCCUGCGAACAGUUCCUGGGGAAAAAUGUCCAUGACAUCAAGAAUGUGGUCCUGCAGACCCUCGAGGGCCACCUGCGGUCCAUCCUAGGGACCCUGACGGUGGAGCAGAUCUACCAGGACCGGGACCAGUUUGCCAAGCUGGUGAGGGAGGUGGCCGCUCCCGAUGUGGGUCGCAUGGGCAUUGAGAUCCUUAGCUUCACCAUCAAGGAUGUGUAUGAUAAAGUGAAUUACCUGAGCUCCCUGGGUAAGUCCCAGACUGCCCAGGUCCAGAGAGACGCUGACAUUGGAGUGGCCGAGGCGGAGCGAGACGCGGGCAUCAGGGAAGCCGAGUGCAAGAAGGAGAUGCUAGACAUGAAGUUCCUGGCGGACACGUACAUCGCCGAUUCCAAACGCUCCUUCGAGCUGAAGAAGUCAGCCUUCACCGAGGAAGUCAACAUCAAGACGGCCGAGGCCCAGCUGGCCUACGAGCUGCAGGCUGCCAAGGAGCAGCAGAAAAUCCGGCAGGAGGAGCUGGAGAUCGAGGUGGUGCAGAGAAAGAAACAGAUUGAUGUGGAGGAGCAGGAGAUACUCCGGACCGCCAAGGAGCUGGUGUCCACCAUCCACCAGCCCUCGGAGGCUGAGGCCCACCGCAUCCAGCAGAUCGCCGAGGGAGAGAAGGUGAAGAAGGUCCUCCUGGCCCAGGCAGAAGCGGAGAAGAUUCGGAAGAUAGGGGAGGCAGAAGCCAUGGUGAUCGAAGCCCUGGGCAAGGCUGAGGCGGAGCGGAUGAAGCUCAAGGCCGAGGCCUACCAGCAGUAUGGACAGGCCGCUAAGCUGUCCCUCGUGCUCGAUGCCCUCCCCUCGAUCGCUGCCAAAGUGGCUGCCCCGCUGACCAAAGUUGACGAAGUUGUGGUGCUCAGUGGCGACAACAGCAAAGUCACAAACGAGGUGACUCGCCUGCUCGCGGAGCUGCCGGCCUCCGUUCACGCCCUCACUGGGGUAGACCUGUCCAAGAUCCCUCUGAUCCAGAAGGCGGCUGGGACCCAGGGCUGAGGAGGCCUCAUCCAGCCCCCCGCCCUCCGACACGGGUUUUCCUACCCCGGGACAAUGGAAGUUUUACUGACUCUGGUGCCUGAUUUUGUGGGGGCCAGGAGUGCGGCCAAGCCCCGUGCAUCCCCAUCAGUCUGUCUUGUCAUCCUCUGCCUCCUUUCUUCUUCUGUCCUCUUCGCCUGUCUCUUCUCCUCCCGUUCCUUGUCUCUUGUGUUUGUGUGUGUGCGUACUCUUUCCUCACUUCCACCAAUCAUAGUUUAAGCUAAGGAUGUUUGCAAUCACUGUUUGUCUCUGGGGAGCGGCCUUGCUGCUCCCCACAAUCCUGGUGCCUUGAAGUUCCUUGGCCGUCCAUUUGUCCACCCUGCGGCACUCGCCGGAGCGCAGUGCACAAGAGGAGGGUGGCCUGGGGCAGGGAGGCCUUGAGUUGUUCUGCCCUGCUCCUGGGAAGCCAAGGUCUCUUGAGCUUCUGGGCCAGAGAGGUCACCUGGCCUCGUACCCUCACACUCCAGCCAGACUCCAGGGCAGGGAGCACAGGGGAGCACUGGCUUGGGGCACCUGCUGCUUUGUAAAGGCUCUUCUGACUCACCUGUCAAAUCACAUCUUUCUACAAUCUCUCCCCUCCCCAGGAAGACAGUGGAGAUGCCUUUUGUUUCUCCAGCUGCCAGAAUCCAUUAUUGGGUGUGGGUUGUUGGGAGGCCAAAGGGAGGGUCAGGCCACCCCCUGUCCUCUGCCGGGGCUUCACCUUGCCCGGUACUGUACCAACAGGAGGAGGAGGCUGCUGGGCCGAUGUGCGUGUCCCUCCCUCCUAACUCAGGGUUGCCUCCUGCUUGGGCAUGACCGGGGGGGCAGGGAGUGGGCAGAAGGAGAAGGUUCCCUACUGGCUGAAGGUGCAAGUUUACCCAGUUCAGCUCACGCACUCGGCCAGGCUAAGCCCAGGACUGCCUGCCCAGGGAAGGGCCAUGGGAGAGGGGAGCUGGCUAAGCUCCUGCCCCUUUGUCAUGGGUGGUCUGCAUCCCGGUGGGUGGAUGGAUAUUUGCCACCACUGGCCAGAUUGCGGGGUUGCUGGGCCCUCGGUGCUGCCCUUUGCCCAGGCCUCCACGUUCCUCAUGCCACCUUACUCUUUAACCCUUCCAUGGGACAUGUCGCAGGCUCCACAUUCUUGUUUGUUCUGCUCAAUGCUCAGGAGCCUGUCCUAGAAAAUCCAUGAAGUUCCUCCCAGCUUGUAUGUUCUGAGAGCUGCCGACGGGGCAAGGAGCUCAACCUUCCUCUUCCUAGUUUGUCUGCAAAUCCCAGGGGGCCAUCGCUCUCAGCCAAAAGAGAGAAAGUGGAGAGACAGUUGGCCAGAGGCUGGGCCAGGUGUAUCCUCGAGUGUUAAGGUGUGGACUGAGCUGAGGAGGGCACCAGCUGGGAGCAUGGAAGAAACUGCCUAGGGCAUGGGGUGCUGUGGGCAUCCCAUCUGGGCACAGGCUCAACCCUACGUGGCAAGGUUCCUGCUACUCCCUGAGGCUGCCCAGGCUGCUGGCCUAUGUCGCUGUCUCUGCAUGUGAAUGCUGCAUGUCUGGCCUGGGCCCUGCCACCUUCCUCUGCUAUAAUAAAGACUCCUUGCACCCGA